AUCAGGCGACAAACCCUCAGGUUAAAUGGAGUAAACUGCAGAUUCCUUAACAGUGCUGGCCUGCCUUCCUCCGCGCGUUCCUGGAAAUGGCAAACUCAAAUUACGAUGGCGGCGAGAAGAAUUCUUUUGAGGAGGAAUCAGAUGAAGAAAAUGUGAUUCUCACAUUGGUUCCAGUUAAUGAGGAACAUAAUGAAGAACAUCAAAUGGAAUCAAGUGUCUCUUCGACUUCAGAAGUCAACCUGAAGACGCCUAGGACAGAUGACAAAGUUCAUCUUCCUCAAACGAAUGAACAAUUCAAAACUCGCCCCAAACCCAGAUGUAAAGCACCCAUCCUUCCCUUGCCGGCCAUUUUGCCUCCGAUUAAUAAAGUGCGGCGGGACACUUUGCGGAACUGGUGCCAACAAUUUCAUUUGAGUACUGAUGGCGACAAAAUAGAGGUUUAUCUGAGGCUCCAGGAGCAUGCGUACUCUGAACAAAAACAGAAUGUUCCUGAAACACCACAGGAGGCCAAACUUCAGUCAUGUUCGGGGAAGUGCAAGAUGGUGACCAAGAGAGCAAGGGUUCCGAAACGUUGUAAGAAGCCUGAGAGAGAGGAAGGGACUAAUAUAGUUGAAGUAAUCACUUCAGCGCAGGAAGCCAUGUUGGCAGCGUGGGCAAGAAUUGCUGCCAGAGCCGUUCAACCUAAGGCUAUGAAUUCAUGUCCCAUUCCUACUUCUGUGGAGACCUUUCUGCCACAAGCCUCUGGUGUCAGGUGGUGUGUGGUCCAUGGCAGACCUCUCUGGGCAGACACGAAAGGUUGGGUUCGCCUGCACUUCCAUGCAGGUCAGACCUGGGUGCCUGACACUCCCAGGAGGAUGAUCUCUCUCUUCCUGCUACCAGCCUGCACGUUCCCAUCCCCAGACCUGGAAGAUAAUAUGUUAUGCCCUGAAUGUGCUCAGAGGAAUAAAAAGAUGAUGAGAAGAUUCAAUACAAUGAAGAAAAAGAAGCAAUCUGGUGUGAAUGCAACAUCAUUCCUUUUGAAUGGGCCAUGUCUUAAUACAGAAUAAAUGGUGGAGAGCCCGCAGUUAAAUUGACUUGCAUCACAGUGAUGGCUGUAAUGUGUCCUAGCUAUCCAGUGUUGCCUGAUGCUUUGAGUACAGAUAGGAAUAUUGGGAUUCUGUACUUGAGGUUUGCCAAAAAGUGAUGCUACUGCUGCUUCAAGUAUUUAGCUAUGUAGAAUACAA